AUGGAUCAUAAGAACCUCGAGUACCUGAGCACAGCAAAGAGGCUCAACGCUCGGCAGGCAAGGUGCUAUAAGCGUCGUGAAUGUGAUACCUAUAACCUGACCAGCCAGGCAGAGGAGGAGGACGAUGAAGUGAUUAGAACGACGAGAAAGCGCACUAAAAAAGGAAUUCCGGAGGGUUUUGUUAGAAAUGGUGUCAAGCUACCCACCUUCCCUACUGCACCAAGGAAGCUGCAGCCCAUUGAGGACACCAACAUGUUGCACAAUACAUCCUCUGAAAAUGAAGCCAUGUCUGUCCAAGCGGUACGUGCAGACAGUCCCUGGGGCAGUGAAAUGUCCACUCCUACCCAUGAAGAUGGAGCCAUGUCUGGCCAAGUGGAGCUUGCAGACAGUCCCCAGGGCAGUGAAAUGUCUACUCCUACCCAUGAAGGUGGAGCCAUGUCUGGCCAAGCGGGGCGUGUUGACAGUUCUCAGGGUAGGGAAAUGCCCACUCCUUACUCUGUAAGUCAAACCUUGGAUGGCCUUGUGGAAGCCUUCUCUGGCCCGGAGAAAUGUGCUGCCAGAUCUCGACGCAAGGAAAUGUCCAAUGCAUGCACAACACCUCGGAGCAGAGACCUGUCGACACCCAGAUCUCGACAUGCAGCAAGAGGUCAUGCGAGGGAUGGCUAUUGCUCCAGGUCCAGCACUAGGUCCAGCGGUGGAUCCAGCUUCAGGUCCUGGCACAGUGAUGUCAGAGCCAGACAUGACGGGUCACGGCAUAGGUCCAGACAUGAUGAAAGAUCACGGCGAUGUGAUGACCAAUCCCGUAGUGAUGCCCGAUCCCGUAGUGAUGCCCCCAGUCCCCCGGCCAGGUCCAGACAUGAUAAAAGAGCAUGGCGAUGUGAUGACCGAUCCCGUAGUGAUGCCCCCAGUCCCCCGGCCAGGUCCAGACAUGAUGAAAGAUGGCAGCAAUGUGAUGCCCGAUCCCGUAGUGAUGCCCCCAGAUCACGGCACAGUGAUCUCAGCAGCCCCCCCUAUGACAGGCAUGAUGCAGUGACUGAGACUGGGAGAUGGGCCUUCCCAUUGCCUUGGGAUGUGUUCCAGAAAAAGGUCCUAAGCCUACUGGUCGACAUCCGCCACCGCCUAAAGGAAACACAGCCUGCCUCUUCAGCUGUCCAUAUAGACAGGAUUGACACCAUGGAGGACUUUGAGUUACAGGAGCAACGCCUCUCUGAUGCACAGGCUUUUGAUACCCUUGUGCUGCAAAUUUCAAGAAUCGGUGGGCGGAACACCAAGGACUGUGUCCACAAAGUGUUGGACAGGGUCUUCACCAACAGCCUCAUGGCCAAAUUUAAUUUGAAGGGCAAGGGGAAAAGGGGGAAAAGGCCUUUAGAGGGAACGAAGGUUUAUAGAGCAAUACAGGAAGGGGUCAUGAAAUUCAAUUCCACAGCCACUGAGGAGUACAUCAAGGUUAACGUGUCCGAGCACCUCAAGCACGCGCCGCAAAGACGUGGAGGUGGAGGAUUCACUACGCCCUGA